AGAGGCAGUUGCCUAACGGCGUCUUGAGCGACAAUCGUUGAUAUGGAGCUCAGGAGAUUACCCCUCGUUCUCGGGUGACCCAGCGGAGCAGAGCCUCAGUAAACAGGACCCAGAAACACAUACGUCUUCGGUGUCGAGUAGAGAACGACUCCAUCCGUAAUCCUUUUGAUGAGACUAGUGACUCGGAUAUUACGCCGGUUGCGGUGACAUCGUGCCUCCGCGAGUGUAUGCACAAGAUGGCGGAGACGAUGCUGCUGUGGCUGACGGUGGUUGCUGCCCUUCUGGUUACCGGGAAAGCUACGAACUCCUCCACCGCAGGAGCAGCUCCGAGGCAGACCGACUGCCGUACCCCGGAUGGCCAGGAGGGCUUCUGCAUCAUGGCGUCGCUGUGCAGGCCACUGGCGCUUCUAUCUUCCAGUGAACAGAGGCGAUACGUGUGCGGCUACCGAGGGCCGCUGGCCAAGCUCUGCUGCGUGCCCGAACAGGAGUCGGGAGAGAGAGCCGACAACUCGACCGGCGUCGCCUCCCGCGGCGCAGGUUCGGGCGGCGCGGCUAUCGCCCCAGCCCCAUCGCCUGAACCUUUACCCGAAGGCUACCCCAACACGCUACCGGCCGGUUGUGGACUUUCCAGCGUGAGCGACUCCCGCGUCGUCGGAGGACGAGUGGCCGAUGUCGGUGCGUGGCCGUGGAUGGCAGCUAUCUAUUUGAAGACGGAGGCCCAGCCUAAAGUCGGCUGUGGAGGCGCGCUAGUCACUGAUCGCCACGUGCUCACCGCAGCCCACUGUGUCAGCGUUGGCGCGCGUGCGAGGCAGCUUCCCGCCCGUGUGCUGACCGUGAGAGUGGGUGACCACGACCUGAACUCGAGCGACGACAACACGACGCCCAUGGACGUCGAAGUGGCCGACGUGAUACGCCACCCGCGCUACGACCGGCGCACGUACGCCAACGACAUCGCGCUGCUCGUGCUGCGCAAACCCGUCACGUGGGGGCGCUACGUGAUGCCCGUGUGCCUACCUUACGGCCCCCUGUCCUCGAACACGCUGGAGGGUCACAACGCCUUCAUCGUCGGCUGGGGCGCCACGCAGUUCAAUGGAGCCGGAAGCAGCGUGCUGCGGCAAGCCCAGAUUCCCGUGUGGGCCGAGGCCGAAUGCAAGAAGUCGUACGCUCAACAUUUGCCCAUCAGCAAGGCACAGCUCUGCGCGGGAGACGCCGGUGCCGAAAUGGACUCGUGUCAGGGCGACUCCGGAGGUCCCCUGUUGCUGCCGCACGAGGGCCGCUACUACGUGGUGGGCAUCGUCUCCUCGGGAAAGGACUGCGCCACGCCAAACUUCCCGGGGAUCUACACGCGCGUCUCUUCGUACCUCGACUGGCUGCGCGACCAGUUGGGUGCGGGACAACAAGCGCCCUUCGAGCCAGGUCGCGGUGACCGGGAGUCGACCAUGGCGCAGGAGCUGGGAGACGAGCUGGGCCGCGUUCUGCGGGAGCGGGGCCCCAUCGACACCACGCUGGACCGCUUCGAACGCGAGACCAAACUGCGCCGCGAGUACCUGGUGUACGGCGUGGCGGGCCUGGUGGCCAUCAUGUUCACCAUGGACGUGAUGAGCGCCUUCCUCUGCCAGGCCAUCACCACCGUCAUCGGGGUGCUGGGCUGCUUGCGGGCCCUCGACCGACAGGAGCCGGCCUCCAUGCAGAAGUGGACCGCGUACUGGCUCAUCUACGUCAUCCUCAACUACUACCUCGGCUUCCUGGUGCGCUUGAUGGGCCGCUACUUCAUCAAAAUCUACAUGGUCAAGUUCCUGCUUCUCACCUGGUGCGCGCUGCCCAUCGAGAGCAACGGAUCGGACUUUAUCUACAACAAGAUGCUGGCGCACCGCUUAUUCCGGCCAACCGGGAUGACCGGGUCUGUGUCGCCCAAGAAGACCGCAGCCCCGCCGCCCGGAGACGAGCGACGCGACAAGAUGCGCUCGAGGCGCCUGGACAAGAUGCCGAUUUCUCGGGAGUUGUGUCGAACGGCGCUGGUGGCGCAGUGCCGCCGCCGGAGGCUGAUUUCCCCGGUGGGUCGCCAUUCUGCUGCUUCCAGCCCCCACGGCAGCAGCGGCGGUGGCACCAUGUGGCUCUAUGUGCUUCUCUCGCUAGGCCUGCUGGCCCCCGCACUGGCAGCAAAUGAGGAGGCUACCACCGAGGAGACCCCCGAGAAGAGACUACUGGUGUUCCCGCCCAACGAGCUGACGUCUCCCGGUGGCUACUGCCAGUCGCCAUUGGGCGUGACAGGCCUCUGCAUACCGUACCAGGAGUGUCGCUUCCUGUUCGACGAUGAGUUCCUGGCGCGCAGGUCGCUGUGCGGCUUCGUCCGGCGGCAGUCGCUCGUCUGUUGCCCCCAGAACGGUGGUGGCGGAGGUGGAGGCUUCGGCGGAGGCUUCGGUGGUGGCUUCGGAGGAAACGGAUUCGGAAACGGAUUCGGCAACUUUUUCCCGCAGCAGAUACCGACAUUCCCGGGACUGCCUCGGCCGCUUCAACCCAGUAGGCCACCCUUCUUUCCUGGAGGGGGUGGAGGUGGCCGGCCAGGAGGAGGAGGUGGCCGGCCAGGAGGUGGAAUCAGACGGCCAGGAGGAGGCGGAGGUCGUCUACCCUACACCGGCCAACGACAGCCCGCCACGGAGCGACCGCGGCCACAGGAUCUUUGGGGCACCAAGGAUUGUGGCGUAGCUAGCAGUGCGUUGGUCCGAAUCGUCGGAGGCAGGGAGUCCAACCUCGGAGCCUGGCCCUGGAUUACCCUGCUGUUCAUCGACGUGCACGGCAACGGCGUCCGCUCUCCGCUGUGCGGCGGUGCACUCGUCACACCCCGGCACGUGCUCACGGCCGCGCACUGCACCUUCAGCGGGAACCGGUCGCUCACUCCGGACGCCUUCGUCGCGCGGCUUGGCGAGCACGACUACCUGAGCAGCGACGACGGCGCCAGCCCCGUGGACGAGCCGGUGGUGCGCAUAGACAGACACGCGGAGUUCAACCCGCGCACCUACCUGAACGACGUGGCCGUGCUCACGCUGCGGCGGCCCGUGCCCCUGAACAAGGACAUCGCGCUCAUAUGUCUGCCGUAUGGAACCCUACGCGACGACGCGUACGAGAGCCGCAGUGCCAACAUCGCCGGCUGGGGCGAGCUCUACUACGGCGGACCGUCGAGCGCCACGUUGCAGGACACGCGCAUACCAAUUCAGAGCCUGGACACCUGCAAGGAGUCCUUCAAGCGCACCAGCAUCACCUUCACCGACCACUACCUCUGCGCGGGCAGCCUGAAGGGAGACAAGGACGCCUGCAGGGGUGACUCUGGAGGACCGCUAAUGCUGCUGGACGAGCAACAGCGGUUCACCAUCAUCGGCAUCACAUCGUUCGGGCGCCGCUGUGCGGAACCCGGAUAUCCUGGCGUGUACACGAGAGUAGCCAAGUACCUCGACUGGAUCCAGCAAAGGCUCGUCUGAACGCCCCGCUGGGGGUGCCCCCUGUAAAUAAACCCGCUGCGUCACCACUCGUCCCUGCCUUGCGUGUAUUCUCCACUUCCUAACGCCUUUCUUCCCCUCUCCCAGUGCAGGGUUGCCAACCAUGCUCAGCACUGGUUAACCUCCCCCUCCUUUAUAGCUAGUUUGUUGAAGUUAUCCGCGUCGGCGGACAUGCAAAAAUGCAAUGUAAAUAUUGAUUAAAUUUGGUUUAUAUAAACUCUUUUGAUUAACUUCA